AUGAAUACAUCUGAAUUUUAUAAUAAUUUAAUAAUAUCAUCUAUAUUUCCUUUUCAAGCUGACAAACAUCCAACGAUUUCAACAAGUCGACGUCAAAGUUUUCUGGACGGUCUUGCUUUGCUACUUAAUGGAUCAAGUCCAUCUACAUCAGUCUAUCCAUUUUUGAAAGAAAAAACAAUAUUAAUAACACGUAAUAAACAAUUAAAAGAUAAUGAUAAAAUAUAUUUUAAUAAAUUUUUUUGUUUAAUACGAGAAUAUUCACAACAUUGCUUAACAUUAAAUAAAAAUGAUAUGGACGAUAUACAUUCAUCAUUAGAAUUCCUUGUACUUGAAUAUAACAAAAAUAAAUGUAUGAAACGUAUAAUUGAUGAUUUAUUUGAUGAUGCUGUUUCAAAUCUUGAAAAAUUACCAAAUGCUAAUUUUGAUCAUUUAUGUCAAAAGAUUACUUACAGUAAAUUGAAGAAAGGAACGGCCGAUUAUUUUCAUUUAAAAAAGAAACAAAUGAUUUUAAAAGAAUAUAUUUUAAUAUUAUUCGAUUGGAUCAAUUAUAUUAUUUCAAAUCGAAAUUCAAUCAGAAAAAAUAAAAGCAAUGUUGAAUUAAAAAUCAUUUUAAAAUUUCAAACAAUUGGUAAAGCAUUAUAUUAUUCUGAAAUAUUUAAUUUUAUACUCAAACAAGUUUAUUCAAACGUCGAUGAUUACCAACAUAUUCUAUAUUAUUUAGAUAAGGUGUCAGCGCAUAAGCGAUCACUUGAUUUAAUAAUAAAAGUUUUAAAGCAACGCACAUUUGAUUAUGGUGAAAUAUAUAAAAAUAUUCAAUGGUAUUUUAUUAAACCAAUUGAAAGCAUCGUUAGUUUAGAAGAAAAACCAUCAUUAUCAUUUGAUAAAAUCUGGUCAGCAUGUGGUUGUCAGAAUGAUGACAUAAAAAUUAAAUUUCAAAAUGAUUAUAUUAAAAAUCAACUUGAUUCAUAUGAUACAAAUUUAAAAUUAAUAACAUGUUUACAUAGUGAAAUUCGAAUAAUCGAUUAUUUAAUCGAACAAAAUAUCCAAGAAAUUUAUGAUCAAGAUGUAGAAAUUGGAAUAUCGAAAUUACCAUGUUAUUUAUGUUCAUUAUAUAUUGAAAAAUUAAAUAAUAAAUUCCAUCGAAAGUUUUAUGUUGAUUCUUCAACGACUCAUGGAAAAAUUUAUCCAAAUUGGAUGUUUAGGAAGAAUGAAGAAAAUAUGAUAAAAAAUUCUGUUCAUAGUCAAUUAUAUAAAUUACUCACAAAUGAAAUACAACUAUUGCAAUUAAGAAUUAAAACAAAAAGUGGAGAUAAUGAUGAGCAAGAUACAGAAACAGAUGAUGACGAUGUCGAUUAUGACAUUACGGAUCGCAAUUUGAACGAUAUUGUAAACGUUUCAUAA